CUCGUUCUUAAAAUGCCUUGAAGUCGUAUCACCAGAUCAGACCCUCAUAAAAAACAGACGUUCAAACACAAAUUAUUUUAAUUUAUAAGCCCAGAAUUUCUAAUAACAUGGUAAAAAAUAAACGAUAUGCAUUAAAUUCGUGUUGCUUGCAUGCAGACGUCUCAGCAGAACUGCAACAUUCCCUUAAACAGCCACAUAACCUUCCAGCUGAAUCCACACUGCUGCGGCUAACGUAACAGGUCUUCAGAUGUCCUACUGGGUCUGCUGCAACUGCUGCUUUCUUUCCCCCAGUCCUGAGCGCAAACUGGCAGUGACGUCCUGCGGACAUGUCAUCUGUAGCUCCUGCUACCAGACAGGCAGCCACGGCCGAUGUCUGAUCUGCAGCAGCCAGUGCCAAGUGUCUCCUCUUUCCGACAAAAGCAGCUCCGACGUGAAGGCCUUGUUUUCUGACAUCGGCGUCGUGGCAACCAGACAUCUGACAGAGAUCAGCAAAGUUGUGGCGUUUCAGGCCCGGCAUCAGAAGAGGCUGCUCAGCUACUACAAGCAAAAGAAUCAUAAGCUGGAAGACAUGUUGGUCACUAUAAAGCAAGAGAUGCAGCAGAUGGGGAAGAAGCUGAAUGAUCAGAGGGCUUACAUUGCUAAGCUGGAAAACUCCCUCCAGCACCACAGGUCAGCCGGCUCCUUUGGUCCAGAGACGCAGCUGCUGCAGUCGCUGCUGCAGUCGCCGCUGCUGCUGCAGUCGCUGCUGCAGCUGCUGCUGCAGUCGCUGCUGCAGUCGCCGCUGCAGCAUCUGCUGCUGCAGUCGCUGCUGCAGUCGCUGCUGCUGCUGCAGUCGCUGUGA